UACACUCUAAUUGACCAAACCACAGCGAGCGUCCCUCCGUCACCCACACGCCAUACAAACACACACACACACACACACACAACACGCGCCUUGCGAUGCAUCUGCUCCAUCCAUCCAUCCAGCUGCUCGACGCACAUAAGACGGCCUUUCUGUGUUCCUACAAGCCGGCAGCCGUGAGGAAUGCGUAAGCGACUGACAGCCACGAAGGCCACCGCCCCCCUCCCACAACUCCACUGACGAUUGCUGCCGCUGCACAUAACCGGACACGCAGCCUACACACACACAGAUGACACGUGCUCAGCAGAGAGUUCGUCUGUGUGAGUGUUGGGAGGGCAAGGGGAUUCCAUGGAUACCUGCAGUGACACCACACUGGUGCGAUUGGCGUUGAGCGGUGCGAGGGAGGCCUCGAAGGCCAGCAGCUCCCCGGAACAGCAGUUUGCAGCCGAGAAUGGGUUCCUCAUGACGCCCUCUCGACACAUACACCCCUCAUGCAACGUCGUGUUGUCGCCCGCACUCUUGAGGCAGUUCUGCAGGGUGAUGGCGUCCAGUUCGGCCGUGCCCUUGUAUAGCUCCUGACCCAAUUUGGCCACGCACAUCUCUGCCGCGGGCGGCAAAGUGCCGUGGAGGUCCCGAUAUGAGUCGAAGCCCAGCAGCCGGAUGACGUCGAGAUUGGGGUUGUUGUCGGUCUCGGUCAGCCACGCAUUUCCCAGGUUUGGCUCUCUGUCUUCGUCUGCUGCUGUCGUGAUAUUUGCGGACUCGUUCUUGAUGCCUUGUGAGGUCUUUGCAAUGCUCGCCAUGGUGGAAAGCUCCUCAAGGGGCGCCUUGACGGCAAGGAUGCCUGCAUCUGUGGGUGCGGCCUUGCGGAAGGAAGAUGCCGACGGCGGUAGGCGGUUCGCACCACAGCGGAUGGCCAAAACCGCCGCAAAAGUGACGACCAAGAGUGUCGCUGACGACCACGCCAUCCACACACACGCGAAAGAGCCGCGCUUUAUACCA